AUGCUGAGCUUUUUGAUUGCAAAAAGAUUCGCUUCUGGAGCGUACCAUGGUGCUACUCAGGUGUCGAUUCCCAAGAGACCAUUAAAAAAGAUCAAAUUAGGGAAAGCGAGACCCGCCAUAUACCACAAGUUCGAUGUACAAGUCGAAUUGAGCGAUGGUAGUGUCAUUACAAGACGAUCCCAGUUUCCAAAGGCGCAAAUACGUCUGAUCCAGGACCAGAGAAACAAUCCAUUGUGGAACCAGAGUAGGGACGACUUGGUGGUCGUAGAUGCCAACGCAGGUGGUAGACUAGACAAGUUUAAGCAGAAAUAUGACUCUGUAUUCAGUUUCGAAAACGCGCCUUCCAAGCAGCCGGCUGCCGAGGCUAAAACGCCUGUUCAAGAAAAACCCGAACAACAGGAUGACGAUGAGUUUGGCAUGGAUGACUACAUGUCUCUACUGAACGAUAAUGCCCAACAAGUUCAAAGUGGUGGUAAACUAGCAACUAAGAAGAGGGACAAGAAAUAA